AAAUUACACUACGAAGAAGAAUAGUGUGCACUAGCUAUGCUAAACUGUCUAAAUCGUUUUUUUAAUAUACAUCAAAUAUUAUAAUGCUGAUAUUAUUUAGAUUACUAAAUUGAUUACACCCCUCAUAAUUUUUGCCAUCCUUUGCCUAUAAAAAUAUAAAAUUUACCGUUGUAAAUAUUCGGCUGUUUUUUUCUCGUAUUUGUCAAGCAAUUUAAUGAGUACAGACUUCAUGAAAAUCUUUGUGUCUAGAAUACUGUUAUACCCUAUUGCUUGUUGAAUGAUACGCGUAUCGCAAUAGAGACACUAUAUAAAUAAUCAUACUGCAUAGAUUUGACAAUCUGUAACUUUACUUAAAUUCGGAACAUCUAGAAUCAGUUUUUAAAUGCCAGGUGAAAUAAACCCGGUUUUGGGAAACGAGAAAUCGACCCAAGGAAGCGGUAAUUUGAUGCUUAACAAAGACAAUAAGAAUUACACAAGUGUUCAUCUAUCUAAUUUCUUAAAAAGAAGAAGCUCAGAAACACAAACUACAUUUAAUUCUCCGCGGUCUGAUGCGUCAAAUGGCUCGCCUAAAUUGAUGAACGCGGGAUAUUUUACACCGCCCACCUCCCCUGUAUGUCCUUAGAUUUUUCAUUUUUAUUUUUUGGAUAGGCUGUAAACAAACUUUAUUUUUAGGACAUUCCCACAAACUGUCCCCCAACACCAGUUCAUCAAAAGACACCUGGUAACAUCGGGGAUGAGAUACUUAAAACGUUUAGUUCUGCUAGAUCUAAUAUAUCUAAAAGAGACUGUAUUUCUCCUACCAGGCAAAAUAACUUUAAUUUUGAGACCAUCAAAAGAAAGUGUUUAAAUAGCCUCAAUCAUUCAAACUAUGAUCCCUCUAAUUCUAACACUCGGACUAUUAUGCCUUACUUGACCUAUCACUACACAUCAAUAUCUGAAAACACAGGAUUUAUUCCUUUAAAGCCUACAUUGUGCAAACCUACUCCGACAAAGGUUCUCAGUAUCAAUCGUAAUCCAUAUUCCCCAUGUAAUACGUCAUCUUCUUAUUCUAAUAUUGAAAUACCUUAUGACUCUUCUCCCGCGCGUUUGCUAUUAGAUUUUCAUUUAGAGCAAGAGCUUGGGAAAGGAUCUUUUGGCUCUGUAAUUCUAUGUACUCACCGAAUGGAUGGAUGGAACUAUGCUGUUAAGUGUAUUCAUUUUACUACCUGCAAGCAGCGAGACCGUCUAAUCAAUGAAGUUUACCUAAUGGCAUCUUUUUCGCAUCCUAACAUCGUAGAGUACCAUUCCUCUUGGAUGGAUGAAUCAAAUAUUUAUAUUCAAAUGGAAUAUUGUAAUGGUGGCUCUCUAGAAACUUGGUGGAAAUACAAUCAAGACUCUAGUUUCGCUGAAAAAGAAGCAAAACUUUGUAAGGUAAUUCAGCACAUUGCUCUUGCCUUAGAUUAUCUACAUACGCAGGAAAAUGCAGUCCAUUUAGAUAUCAAACCGGCCAAUAUUUUCGUGCAAUAUCAUUCUUCAGUUUAUUAUACAUAUAAGCUCGGCGACUUUGGCUCCAUGCAGAAAAUCCCUCUAGCAAAUGAAUGUUUCGACUAUGAGAACAGCUUUUUGGGGUAUAAAAAAAAGCAAGAAUUAAAUUUAAGUAAAAUAGAAUGUGAUGACAUAGAUGAAGGUGACGGGCGGUACUUGGCACCAGAGCUGCUGAAAGAUCAAGUGGAUGUUAGAUUAUUAGGUCGUGCAGACAUCUAUGCUGUUGGAUGUAGCAUUUUGGAGCUAGCUGGGGGUCAGCUAUUACCCAAUCACUCUGAAUUUUCUAGUGAGGAUGUGUCUAACCCCCCAGUUUUAUUACCUCGUGGAUACAGUGUCAAGUUUGCUAGCCUACUUAGCAAAAUGCUCGAUUCGGAUCCAUCUAAAAGACCCAGUGCGCGCGUCCUUUUAAUGGAUCAAGAAAUAGGCUCAACGGAGUCUAGGAUUCUGCUCCUACAAAAAGAAGUCUAUCAGCUACAACAAGAAAAUCGCCUCAUGAGAGAACAACUUCAAGCCAAUUCUGUAAACUGUAGACUUAGUUCAUUUUAAGUUUAUAUAAAAACUAUAUAUAGAAAAAUAGGCUUGUUGCUUUAUUCAAAUGUAUAGUUCUUACAGUAGUUAAGGGAUUUUGACAAAGAUGGCUAGUUGGAUUUCAGUGUGAAUCCGACAACCGGGCAUUAAUGUUGUCGGUACAUUUAUAAAUGUUUUUAAUUGUGUUUAUGGCAUCUUCGAAUCUAUCAACUACCUGCAUGUUCGAUAUAUGGCCAUGCUGUCAACAGGUUUGUCAGGCGCACCAAAUCAUGAGAUAAUAAACAAUCAGCUUGUUCCCUUGCCUCAGUAACGCAUAAUUUUAACAAUGUGUCGCGCUAGUUUUUUUUAUAUAUGCUUACAUGUUAAUAAGUUAAAAUAUAGAAGUACAUAAUUACACAUGUCGGAAAAUAAUAAACAGAUGCUGACAAUUUCAGAAAGAUAUUAUUGAAGAGAAGAAAUACAUAGAUUUCGUCAACGAAGUUAUUUGGUCUUUCAUGUCUUCGUCAAGUAUUUGUUUCACGAAAGUUACAUUCACUCUGAAGGCUCGCACAGAGACAGUUGAUCAAAAUGUAUUUUUAGUUGGAGACACCCCCUACCUUGGCUCAUGGAUACCUCAUCAAGCCAUCAAAAUGAAAAAGACACAUGUUUCUGUUAAGAACAUCGACACAUUUGUUUGGAAGGCAACUGUUCAUUUGCCAGUUAAUAUCCCUGUUUCUUACAAAUAUGUCAUAAUGGGUGAUAACCGUUUAAUUAAGUGGGAGACCAAUAGUCAUAACAUACGAAAUUUAAUUCCUCUUCAUAAAGAAAUGAACGUUGACGAUGGUGAAUUCGGGCAAGAUGCUGAUAACGCCUGGAUAGAUGAAGCUUGGCUAAAUAAUGAGAUCCAAAUUCGUAUUUCUCUUGGCUAUUAUGACCCUCUAACAGGUGACCCCUUCCCUCCUGUAACUGGACAUGCAUCUGAUCGUUCUCUGUAUUUGCAUUUAUUUGAUCCAAGCCGCGUUAUCUCGCGAAAGCUAACCCGAACAUCUUGGAAUUCGUGGAGUGAGAUCGUUUUCCACACACACGAUCUCUCACAAUUCCAAGUCAAUGUUGAAGCUUGCGAGAUAAAUCCGGACGAAAAGGAUGAAUCUUUGACGGAGUGCAUUUGUAUGACUUGUAUUACUGGUGGAAUCUUGAAAGAUAGGCGCAAUUAUGUUUCGUUGCCACUUUUCAAUUCAAAGAUGGUCUAUUGUGGCUUAUUUAAUUUCAAAUAUUUAAUCGUCAUGCCAUUUAAAGACAAACUCAACAACAUGUCUUUUCCCUGGAACUUACACUCCGAAUCUCAGCGGCCUAUUGGUAAAUCAGUUGGACAUCGUGGAUGUGGCUCAACGAAGACGACUGUUAUUUCGGAAAACACAAUUUUUUCUUUUUUAACAGCUGCUAACUACGGUGCCGAUUAUAUUGAGUUCGAUGUCCAAAUUACAAAAGAUGGCGUUCCAGUCAUUAAUCAUGAUUUUCACCUUUGCGCAGUCAACUACUUAGGAAAACAAAUUAACGUUCACAUAUCCUCUCUAACAAAAAAGGAAUUUAAAAUGCUGAGACCUGAACACAAAUAUUGCGAUUAUAUUUUUCAAUUAUCUAGAUCUGCUCUGAGGCUUUCUGGUCAUAUCCAGAAAUCUCGAAGUUUGAAUGACCUCAAUAAAUCUUCUUCAGAAGAUGAAUCCGCAUCGCGCCAAUUUGAAAGAUACAACCCAAAGCUGGUACCAUCCAGAGACACGAUACACGGAAUAUCUGAUCUUUCGAGAUAUCGGGAACCACCUGGCCGCGAGCGCAAUGUGAUCAACCCGCGCGAUACGUUCGCAACGCUGAGUGAGACUUUUUGUGCUAUUCCUGUUGAGAUUGGCUUUGUUAUUGAAAUCAAGUAUCCGUCCUAUCGUUAUCAGCACGAUGCUAAGAUGCUGUAUCACGAACGGAACUUUUACGUUGACGCUGUCCUUAGAGCAACUUUCGCUGCCCUUGCCAAUCCUCUGUUUUCUUCUAGGAAAAUCAUGUUUAUAUCAUUUGAUGCAGAUAUAUGCAUUCUAUUAUCUCAGAAGCAGCCUCGAUAUCCAGUUCUUUUUUUAUUGUCGCUUGAUCCUACUAAAACCACGGAAAACAAUGAAGUUGAACAAUACGAUAUUCGAUGCAAGGAUUUCGAUGUGGCUUUAAACUUUGCUAAAAAUGUCCGUCUUCAAGGUUUGAUUUGUGAUGCAGGAAGUAUUUUGUCCAAUUUACAUUUGGUGAAGAAAACACAUGAAAAGGGGCUCUUGUUAAUGACAUAUGGCGAGCAAAAUAUGAAGGAGGAAUGCAGGAAAACACAAAAGAACGCGGGUGUAGAUUCUUUGAUUAUUGAUAAUGUUUUGCGCUUCCGCUGACAA